GAUAACAGAUGAUUAAUGUAGAGUAACCAGCAUCGUUACUGGUAAGAAAGAUGAGAGGCGUCGUCCCUCUUCCUCUUCCUCUUCCAUUUCCAUUUCCGUGGAACUCAACCUCCUCCUUCACUCUCCCCCAACCCAGAACCCCCUUCAACCUCUCAAUCCACGCUUCUUCAUCACCCACUCCUUCUCCUUCUUCUCCUUCUCCCACGCAAGAGCUCCUCACAGCCAGAGAGAGAAGGCGCCUGAGGAACUCGCGAAGGGAGAACAACGUCUACAACUGGAAGGAAGAGGUGGAAGAGAACUUCAUCAAGAAGAAGAAGAAGGAGAAGAAGUCAUGGACCGAGCAGCUUAACCUCGAUAACCUCGCUGAUUUAGGUCCCCAGUGGUGGGUCCUUCGAGUUUCUCGCGUUAAGGCUCACUACACUGCCGAACUUCUAGCUCGCUCCCUCGCUAGAAACUUCCCUGACAAGGAAUUCAAGGUAUACAUUCCAUCUGUCAAUGAGAAAAAGAGGUUGAAAAAUGGUUCCCUGUCUGAAAAACCAAAACCCCUGUUCCCAGGAUGCAUUUUUUUGCGAUGUGUACUGAACAAGGAGCUGCAUGACUAUAUAAGAGAGGUUGAUGGCAUUGGAGGUUUCCUUGGUUCCAGGGUUGGAAGCAUAAAGAGACAGAUUAACAGACCAAGGCCGGUUGCUGAUGAAGAUAUCAAAACAGUCUUCAGGCAGGCAAAAGAAGAACAAGAAAAAGCUGAUCAAGCAUUUGAGGAACAAGAGCGUGGUGCAGUCCAAAACUCUGGGAUUCCCAAUACGGAGUUAGAACCUGAUGAAGUUUCUGAUGCUUCUGUUGAGUCUAAGCCUAAAAGACGAUCCAGAAAAACUUCUGACCAGCUCAGUGUUCCAGGUAGCAAGCUCUUUGUUCCAGGUUCUACUGUUAGGGUUGUAUCUGGAACAUUUUCAGGUUUUACCGGCACUCUCAAGAAGCUGAAUCGCAAAACCAAAAUGGCGACUGUAUAUUUUACACUAUUUGGGAAGGAGAACAUAGCAGAUAUAGAUGUCAGUGAAAUUGUUCCAGAGACUAAUUGAUGCUUGUAAGUUCUGCGCCGUAUUUGAAAUGCUAUGCAUCACAUUUUCUGCUGUGCUCAUAAUAGUGUUGGUAGAUAGCUUCGGAUCGUUGAAAUUGGAAGGGAAAAUAAAAAGCUUUAUAGAGUUACUGGAUGCUCUCUCAGCCUUCUCCAUUUAUGGUUAAGCUGAUUUUUUGAAGAUAUUCAUUCUUACCUAGUAGUCUAGCAUUGACUUGUGUUAUGAGUCAUGCAUUGCGGAUGUUAAGCAAUCAGCUACCUUAGUAAGAUUAAGACGACAUUAUGGGAAGUUGCUGUCAGAAGUGUCAUGCUCAAUUAACGAAAUACAACUUUUGAAGCCUGAACUGAGACCCGAGGGACAAAAAUCAAAGGUAACAGUUACGAUAUGCUUUAGCCAUUGCUAAUACAAGUUUCACGACUGAGUCGCUCAUAGUUCUGUUCUGUUGAAGGGAACUGAUAUCUUGGAUAGACUUGGUUAUUAUUUAAGUUAUAAGGCAAUAAGGCAUGAUUGUGUUUGUGAUGUAAGUUUUAUAACACAGAUUUUGAUAUGAUAGCAGUUUUUCUUCUCAAUAAUGUACAUGCUAAUUGAAUUUGUUUUCUCCUCCUUUUUCUUCCAAAGUACCUUUCGCUCAGUGCAAUUUCCCAGCACUUCUGUGUAUUAACUGUUGCAAGUAAUUAAGAUACACCAUCAUUUGCUGGAUUGUCUAA